GCAUAUAAAUUGGCAUUGCCAGGAUCCGACGGUUCUCGUGCUCUAUACGCUGCGAAAGCUCAACCCUCUUUAAGCGGCACAUAAGUACAAAGCGAUUCACGCAAACGUCACAGCUCUGGGGUUUCCUUUAACAGAGUCAAACCACAGCCGAACACACAGGAUUACCCAAAUUUACCCAACUGUUUAAUACGUGCACCACAUAUAAGGGAUGCUUUUUUAGUUCAUCUGCUCUUUGCAAUUAGAUCUGCAAGGAGGGUUUUAAAAAUGGGAGAAAGAAGCGGAAGCAGUGCGGAUUCGUACAUUGGCAGCCUCAUAAGCUUGACUUCCAAGAGUGAAAUACGCUACGAAGGCAUUCUUUACACCAUCGACACAGACAACUCCAACAUUGCUUUGCAGGAUGUGCGAUCUUUUGGGACCGAAGGACGAAAGAAAGAUGGUCCUCAAAUUCCUCCUAGUGACAAAGUAUACGACUAUAUCAUUUUUCGUGGCAGUGACAUAAAGGAUUUGCAAGUGAAGUCUUCACCUCCAGCCCAAACAGCUUCUCAAUUACACAGUGACCCGGCAAUCAUCUCUCUCCAGUCACAACAUUCUCGACCAGCUUCGGUAUCUGCACAGUUUGGACCAUCUGGAGGUGGGCCUUUAUCAGAUAUGAGUUCUCAGGAUCCGUAUUCAGGUGUGGUUCCAUCACCAUUUCCAGGUGGUAUGCCUUCAAUGUAUCCGGCUGGUGCAAAUUUAGGAUCGUGGGGUCAUCCACCUUCAUCACCUGGAGCAAAUGGAAUGGGUUUGGGAAUGCCAAUGUACUGGCAGGGAUAUUAUAGGCCUCCUGCUGGACUUCCUCAUUUACCACAACAACCUGUGCCUUUCCACCAACACCCAGGUGUGCCAUCUCCAUUAACACAACAAGAACAAGUUCAACAGAAUACUGUAAAUUUGUCUUCACCCAUGCCGGCUUCAUUGGCAUUCAAUAGUCCUUUACAUCAGCCUGUCAAUAUUCUGUCUGAUUCCUCUUCCUCGUCAGUUUUCUCAACCUCCAUGCCUGUGGAUAUAAGUACGUCAAGUACAAUAACAAUUGAUUCUGGAUCAAAACAAUCUUCACUGCCAGUUAGUACGGCAUCAUCAACAAGUAUUACAACAGCAUCUUCGAAACAAGAAGUUAGUGUUGUUUUGACCCCAGCCUCAAGUAAACCUCGUAUAAUUUCUGGAUCCACAUCAUCCUCCCAAUCCAUGUCUCAGUCUGCUUCUUCACAUGGUGUUCAAACUUCUUUCAGUCUUCCAACUUCAGAUGCACCUACUUUGGUUACCCCAGGCCAACUGUUGCAGCCAGUGUCCAUUACAUCAUCAUCGUCAUCAUCAUUAUCCAUAAGUCAAUUGUCCACUGAGUCAUUGAAAGUAUCUCAACCUUUGAUCCCAAGACCACAUAUGUCAUCUGAGUCAUUGAAAGUCUCUCAACCUUUGAUCCCAAGGCCACCUAUCUUACAACCUCAGGCGGCACAAAGUCAACAACCAUUGUUGCCUUUACCAACAUCUUCAAGUCAACAGAAAGUGAAUCAACAGAUGAGCGUCCCAGGUGGGAAUUCUGGAGCUAACCGAAGAGGUCGUGGAAGAGCAAGGAGUGGUGGGAUAUCACAUGGUGCAGUUCAAUUCACUGAAGAUUUUGAUUUCAUAGGAAUGAAUGAGAAGUUCAACAAGGAUGAAGUGUGGGGUCAGCUUGGGAAAGGAGAAUCGAAGGAUAAACUGGAGAAUGGAGAAGAGGAAGAACCUGUAAAUGAAAAUGCUGAGGAGGAUGGAACCUUGGGUCAAUCUUCCAGGAGCGUUCCAGACAGCUCAAGAAAGCCAGUUUAUUCCAAGGAUGACUUUUUUGAUUCACUUUCCUGUGAUGCACUUGACCGUGGAGGAAGAUCAAGGUUCUCUGAGCAACGCAAAAUUGACACACAGACAUUUGGCAGUUCCUCUCUAAGGUCUCAUAUGGGACGUGGAGGCCGUAAUAGUGGUUAUCGGGGAAGUUUCAGAGGUUCUUAUUACGGUGGAAGGGGAAAUGGAUUUGGUGGAAGGGGAAAUGGAUAUGCUGGAAGGGGCCAUGGUGGUGGGUAAAGGAUGAGUGCAUCUUAAUUACUUGUUUGCAGACUGAUGAUCAUAUUGGUGGGUCUCUUUUACUCAAUGAAUUUACUGGUCUAUUUGAAUUUUGGUAAGAAAUGAAAUCCACAAUGAUAAUGGGUAUUCUGUUGAAACAUUCCGAUUGCAGCAAUUGCUGAAGAUUAAAAUGAAGAUUCAGAUUAAAAGCUUAAGGUUGUAAAUAGUUUUGCUUGUAGCCUGCGUUGUUAUUUCUCAAGCAUUGGAUAACUGAGGUUCAAUGCCCCACUUAUUUUUGGAUGGUCAUUGUCCAAAUUUUUCCAAUGACUGAGGGUGGUAGAUAUAAGGUAUUUUGGUUUCUGGAAGUAAGGUGUCUAGAAAUAAAAUGCUGUUUUAAACAUUGUUGUAUCAGUAUUUGGAUAUCUACUCACAUUGACCAUAACCUGCGUAGCUUCUUAUGGAAGUCCGAUGGAUGAGUAUUUUGUUUAGAAUUCAACCAUCCUUUUUCAUUGGGCACAAAGUAGACAAACAACUGGAGGAUGUACCCAUGUUUAUUGCAUAUUGAUACAAAGGUACUCAAGGGCAUAAAGCAGUUAGCGUCAAAAUGUAUUCACACUCAUGUUCCAUUUCUUUUAAUACACUAUGAACAUUUAUUUUUAA